AAGUGUUGUACCGCUGUAGUUUUAUUAUAGAGUUCGUAGAUGUUUGUUUUCAGUUUAUGUUUGGCUUCCUUUUUCACAAAUUCUACAGAGCUCCAUGCUUUUUCAGUAGUGGUAGUUGUUUAGUUUGGUCCUGUGCUUGACUGGUCUUGUGGUCUUGGCCUGCUGGAUUGGGUGAGCCCAAUAGUAGUGCUGUGCUUUACAUGUGUCCUCUGUCAGUUUUCCCCUUGGAAUUAGAGUGGGGUUUAAGGCUGGGUAAGAGGGCCUGUGUCUCCCCACUUCCCACUUCUAGGUUUGUUGGGUCUCCAAACCAGAGAACAGCUGUGAAGGUGUACAGCCACUUCAACUUCGCUGGGCUUUCAAUCCCACCUCUCUCCUCUGUGAGGACAAGUACUACUGCACUGGAAACACCAGCAACAGCUUUGCUUCCUUUAAAGCCUGCAGGGACCAGUGCAUGCUGGGAGCGUGCUGCCACCGCAGCCUUAAAGAGGAGCAAGAAGAUCACAAGGGAAAUUUUAAAAAAGACCAAGGUUUCACAAGAGUAGACUGCGUUGAGGAUCCAGAUUUUGUUUACACAUGUGCUUAUCUUACUUUGUUGGAGUGCCAAAAUCUGGCGAAGGACCAAAUUGGACUGACACAAAUUAUGAGCUUUUCUCCUGGGAUGAAAUGCUCCGAUGUGAACUGUGGUGGAGGCAGUGGAUGUUUUUCUCCUCACAAGUUAUGGAAACAUGGAAAGAGGAUGGGGCAAAGCUCUGAAGAGCCCAAAUGUACAGAAGGUGACAAAGGUGACUGUGUGUGCCCGCAUCUAACCCAACGCAAAGAGAUUAGAGACCUCACACUGAGAGAGAGGAGUUUGUACCAAAGAGCUAUCAGAAAACUCUAUUCGAGUCCAGCUGUGUGGAAGGUCUUUGCCCUCCUGAGAGCUGAGUACUCUCCUCAAGCCGGUGAUCCAGUCUUCUUUCUCCCUUGGCACCGAUACUUUCUGCAACUUGUGGAGCAAAACUUGCAGUCAGUGUCAUCAUGCAAAGUUUCCCUCCCAUAUUUUGAGUGGACAGUAGACACUGGAUCAAUGCUGUCAUCAGCUGCUUGGCAGGCUGGGAUGUUUGGAGGAGAUGGUGAUCCUGGCUCUGGCUGCAUCUUACAUCACCCUUUCCAGGACUGGGCAUCCCGUAUCCACUGGUCCCCUUGUCUCAGACGAGGCUUUAACUCUUCGGUGUGGCUGCCAGAUGCUGUGACAAUGCAGCAGACUAUAAACCAGGCUGACUUCCAGUUGUUCUCCCAGUCUCUGCAGACCUUCUCUGGGCUUUUUAGACUGUGGGUUGGGGGUCACAUGGCUUCACCUCUGGCUGCUUAUGACCCUUUAUACCUCUCACACAUGGCAUUUAUGGACAAGCUAUGGAUGCAGUGGCAAGAGAAACAUCAGCAUAUAUCAGAAACAUACACAUCUAGAGAUAAGUAUGAUCAGAGAAACAAUGUUUUCCCUUCCAGACAGAGGUAUAUGAAAAUGAAGCCUUUUGAUGUUGCUCCAGAUGAUGUGAUGUCUUCCCAACUGCAGAUGUGUGUAUUGUAUGUGCCCAUAACCAUUGGUGCCCCUUGCAAUAUGACAUCAUUACAAACACACUCACAAGGAAGUCAAAGUAUUGAGAAGUAUCCGAAAUAUCAUACACACACUUUUGUCAAACACAAGUUACAUCACAAUAGAUUUAUUGGCAACAGCUUUGACAGCAGUGGCUUCAACCAGCUGGGAUUUGACCGUGACGGCUAUGACAAGAGUGGAUGGGACAAAUGGGGCUACGGCAAAGACGGUUUUAACCGUGACUUAAUUGAUAGAGAUGGAUAUGACAUAUAUGGCUUCAACCGUUAUGGCUUCAACCGGUCCAGUAUGACCUGGUAUGGUAUGAGUUGGGCUGAGCUGUUACAUGAACCAAAAAGGAAAAAGCAUGAUGGAGAUGAGGAGAAGAAUGAAAAAACUGUCAGAGACAAGAUCAUGAGAGAGCUGUUCAGUAUCAAAGGCUACAGCGUCUACGGGUUCAAUCCGUUUGGUUUGGAUCGAGCUGGGUUUGAUGCAUUCGGCUUUCGCAGGGAUGGAUAUGAUAAAGAUGGAUGCAACUGGUUUUUCAAUGGGCCACACUACCUGCGCUUCUAUUUUCACACACAGCAGCAGCUCAUGUCAUCCAGUGACCAAGCUUUAAAACGAAUCAGCCGCACCUGCCCUACAAUCACCUCUCUUCCCAAACACUGGACUGUUCAGGAUUGGAUGAUGUUUGACCCAGAGGAAAGCAAUGCUCCACAUCGGCAACCAGAGCAGGAAUCAAUAGUGGAAAACAAGCCAGGAAGUCUUAAUAGUGCAGAUGCUCUAAAUAGAAGUAGAAUAUGGCUUCCAGUCACACCUGAUCACAGGUUUUGUUUUAAACUCCACUGGUUCAGUGGUUGUCCUCUUGGCUUCCCACCUAUCACCUGCCCUGACCUCUGUCAUCGAGCUCGUUGUCAUGGCUACCCCAAGGCUUUUUGCCAUAUGCACAAUUGCGGAUCCUGUUUCACAGAGUGGCGAGAUCCAAUUACUGGAAACCACAUAAUAUGCAAUGACUGGUAACCCUCUGACUUUCUCUCAGAACAACUGAGGCAUUAAGUACUUUAGCAGCAGGAGGAGAAAGAUGGACUCUUUAGUGUUGGACCUGUGCCAUCGUAGGAUAAUCCAAGGACUGCAUCAAGAGGAAAAAUUCAAUUAAGGCACAUUUCCAAAUGUUGGAACAGAAAAACAUUUUUUUUAAGUGUUCCUCAUUGCUAGAUGUUGGAUUGUAUGGCAGGUUUUAUUUGAUACUUCUGUUUUAUUUAAGUUAAAUAUGCAGUACCAGACGAUGCAAUGGAUGUGAAUAGAAAUGUUUUUGUGAUUGAUACAGCAUUGACUGUUUGCACACUGAAAGAUCAGCAACAAGUUUUAUUAUUAUUGUGGAAGAUCAACUGACCUUAUCAGACAUUAUCUGAAAUUUUGAUUGGGAUUAUAUUAUUAUUAUAUUAUUAAUGUAAAUUUAAUGCAAGGUUUUGAAGAGAGUUAAGUGAGAAUUUAGAUAAACUAGCUUUUUGCAACACAAAUUUAUGGCUACAUACAAACUGCAGUUCAUAUAAUGUAUUCUUUGUAUUAACACAAUUUGCUGAAACAGUUUUAAAGAAGUGCAUUGUUUUAUGGUGGUACAGUUGUACACAUGUGGACAUGUUCUUUAAAGACAUCCCUGUUUUGGAGUAACUGUGGAACAGUGCAGUGGAACAAACAUGUGGGACUAAUGUUGUUGUUGGACUGGCCUCAUUAAGGAUUCUCUGUUUCUCUUUCCUUCCCUGUCUCUUCCUCAGUCCACCCCCCAAAACCCACAAAGUAAUGUACACUUUGUUCCGAUCUGCUUGUUGUGCACAUUUUAAGCAUCCUUGUUAUAAACAUCUGCUCACAGAGGUUACUGCCACCUCUCUCUACUCUGUUUUUCCUUCUCUGACCUUGCAGUCUUUGUGUCACCACCUUGUGCUACUCUCUCUGUCACUGUCUCUGCCUUUUCAUCCAUCUUCUCCAUAAUUGCUUCUGCAUGUAGGCCAGAAGACUGCAUUGGGCACCAAGUCGACUCACACUCACAGACUCACACUCUCAAACACACUUUGAUCUUAUGCAUGCUUGGCUUGCUAGAGGAAAUGCCUGUUGGCUGCUGGCACAGUAGGCAGCCUAACUUGUUUCUCUCUCCCUCUGUGAUUAUUGCCCUCUCUCUCACAUACACAAACAUAUUGUCUCUGUCCUUUGGAUGGAUCAUCAUUAAAAUAAUUAUCUGCCAAAAUGA